AUGGAUUGGAUACAUUGUAAUAAAUGUUUCGUGCAGUUAGAACAAGGAAUUAUUUUGCACCUCACAUCAUGCGGUCAUAUGUUUUGCAACAAAUGCCUGGAAAACGGUAUAACACAAAAUUCUUGUUUUGUAUGCCGAGUUCCAUGUACUACUAUGAAAUUAGUUCCCGAUAUGAAUUCCGAUGUACAAGAUUACUUCACUGAUCCAGAAGAAAUUAUUAAAAAGUCAUGGGAAGUAUUGCGCUUUCAAAAACAACACAGAAGAAGGUUAUUAUCAUACUUAUUACAAUCGACUAAAAAGUUUUAUACGGCGCGUACGGAGCUCAAACGUAUGCAAGAAUUAUGUCAGAAGCAACAUAGACAGAUGAAAGAGUACCAGAAGGUCAUCAAACAUUUGGAAUCGAAGCUUGCAAAUCAAACAAAGCAACUAUCGCCAUUCAACGUACCAAUAUCUCCGAGCAAUAACCUGUCUCCUGGCUUCCUACAGUCCACACCUACAUACAAGCGUACAGCAAAAAGCACACCCUAUAGCCAAACUUAUCAGUCGAACCUCGUGACCCCGGCGAGGAUAAGUAGGAAUCGAUCUAUUAGUAGCGGCGCACACAGUCAGAGAUCCAGCACUUCGAACAGGAUAUCAUCGACGGUGUUUACUCCACCUACGCAGGAGUCGGCCGGGUACAUCAAUUUUUUAAAGCACCUAUAACGGUAUUAAAAAACAUCAAGCAGCUUGCGAUGCAU